UUCAUGAAAACCAGCAGCCUCCCUCCCGUAUAUUAACCCGCUCGCCCCCCCUCCAGUCUCCACCUCAACAAAGCAUCUCUGCAUCUGAGCAUCGCACACAACCUCACAGCGUCACAGCAAUCGCAAGCCAAAUCAACAGGCCGUGCAAAAGCCUCGAGAAGAGAGGAGGAGGAGAUGGCGGCCGCAGCGAAGGCGUCGUGGAUGGUGGCCAUGAGCGUGGGCGCCGUGGAGGCGCUCAAGGACCAGGCCGGCCUCUGCCGCUGGAACUACGCGCUGCGAUCCGUCCACCGGGCCGCCAAGGCCAACGCUCCCAGCUUCGGGCAGGCAAAGAGGCUGGCCCCGGUGGCGGAGAGGAGGCGAGCGGACAAGGCGGAGGAGGGGAUGAGGACAGUCAUGUUUCUCAGCUGCUGGGGACCUAACUAGUCUUCACUCUGUUUCAGCCUUCUGCAACUGCAACCGAGCUUUGGCUUGAGUCCAUGCGUGCCGGUUCGGUUGGCCUUUGGCCUUUCUGAUUGUAAUAUAGACGAUGACGAUGACGAUGACGAUGAAAAUUUCUGGAAUUUCACUCAAGCAAGUGAAUCCUGCUUCUACUCUAUUUGCCAACUCUCAUGGAACUAGGAUCUGUUUGAGCUGAGAACAAUCUUUUAGUGUGAUCCGUUACUUCCACGUGCUAA